UCUCUGUCUCUCUCUCUCUCUCUCUCUCUCUCUCUCUCUUCUCUCUCUCUGUCUCUCGCUCACUCUCUCUGUCUUGUGCUUGCGCCAGCACUGCGCUCUCCUCUAGAAGGCCUACUGUCUUCAAUAUUGUUGAAAUGGCUGAUCAGCAAGACGACUGGGAAGCAGAAGAUGCUAUUUUCCUUGCUGAUAUGCUUCUGGCUCAAGAAAAAGCAAAGAAAGCCAAGGGCGAAGCAGACUCUGCUACAGGCAGUAGUUUUCAGGUCCGAUGGGUGGAAAAAAAUGCUGAAGGAAGUCCACUGCUAAAAAGAAGCAGAAGUGGAGAGACACGAAAUCGUGCUUCAGCUACAGUUUCCGUGGUUCCCAGUGAGGACUCUAUUCCUUUUGAGUCAGCUGAGGAGGUUCUCACAGUGACCCAAUCAGACUCCUCUCAACAGUUAUUUGAGACUGAGAUGAACAAACUGCAGGACAUUCUGCAGACCUCAGACAAUAUUCCAGAUGCAAGUGGGCAUCCUUCCACCUCCACAUCAUGGGGCUUGCGCCAAUCUGCAGCCCAAGAUGAGUGGCGGAAAGCGAGGUCUCAUCAUCUGAGCUGCUUGCUGUCCUGCAACGUGGUUCCAGAGAAGAACUGCAGCCAAUGCACAUCUCCUGCCAUCAUUCGAUGCAGAGACUGCAUGCCAGAGGAGUGGCUGUGUGCGGAGGUGACAUACACAUCCACAAAAAACACACACUCCAUAACAGGGAGUCCUGCAUUGGGGGAAUUUACAAACCCAUAG